GUAUAUUAGCGUCGUCACGGUAACUGCUCUGCCUGUCAAACAUGGCGCUUUCCUGCUCGAGUCUGUGCAGCCGGUUGUCUUUGACCCGACUAAGUGGUUUGAGCACAAACAGGAUAACACAUGGCUUUUAUCUUCAAGGCGUAUCCUGCCAGUCCAGGUUACUUUUAUGCAGGGAUUUUACUUCUUCUAAAGUCAGACGAGGUAUUGGACGAUAUGUUUCCUCCACAUUCCAGUGGGCAAAUGCCAAAUAUGAAGGCUUUCUUAAAAGACGAUUUCCUCGUUUUUUUCUCCUUUAUCACACCUUUAAAGAAGGAUUCAGGAUGCUGUUCCAGGAUGCCAGAGAUGUGAAGAGGAUAAAAACCAAAAUGGUGGUGAAAGGAGUGAAGUUCCACGAUUUACACUACAGGGAGAUGGAAAAACUCAGACAGUUUCGCAGAGACCUAAUAAAGGCCAUUCCACUUGUGAUUAUUACCAUUCCUCCUUUUGCAAACUACCUAAUCUUCUUCCUAAUGUACUUUUUCCCUCGCCAGCUGCUGAUUCCUCACUUCUGGACUCCCCGGCAGCAGCUGGAGUUUCGGAAAGUGUAUCAUUCUCACAGGACCCAGCACCACCAACCGGUUCUCAAAGAGCUGGAGGAUGUGAGCCAUCAGGUCAAAAACGGUCACCUGCCAGGUCUUCUGAAGAACCUCUGCGCUAAGGUGCAACGCGGCGGAAACCCGAAUGUCUCUGAAAUCCUGGCUGUCAGAAGUCUGUUCUCCAAAGCUCCUCUGGCCAUGAACACAAUGAGCCACGAUCAGAUGAGACACAUCAGCCCCCUCCUCUUCCUGACGCCCCGUCUCCCGGGCUUCCUGAUUGGUCGACGGCUGAACAGCCACGCCGUGGAGCUGUUCCAGCUGGACCGAGCCCUGAGCCGAAUGGGCCCUCACCAGCUCAGUGAGUGGGAGCUGAAACAGGCUUGUUAUGUGAGAGGGAUGAACGCUGACAGUCUUGGUAUCAGUCAGUCUCGUGAGUGGUUGUCUCAGUGGCUUCAGGUGUCCUCUGCUUUAAAAGAGUCAGAGCUGUCUCUUCUGUUGCACUGCAUGGUGCUCAUGUCUGCAAACUACCCCAGCGCUGCGAGCCGUCACUGACAGGAAGCCUGCUUCUGUGACUAUAGUCACAUUUGUAUCGCAAUGCACACAAGAGUGUCAACAUCCUCUUACUGCAAAGGAAAUAAGAGAAAUGUAGAACAUUUCCUGGCGAGAUUGGGUUCAAAAGAAAAACCAACGCCGGACACUGAUGCUAAUUUGCUCUGUGACAAUUUAAUAUGGAAACAUGACGUCAACGUGUCUUUAUCAGAGACAACAGGUGUUUCUGUUUGCAGUUCUUAUCCUUGGUGGGAAAGUUUAAUUUCCUGUUGAGCGCUUAUCUGCUGUGCCAUGCAAAAGUAUUCACACCCUUUUAUUUUUCUACGUUUCUUCACUUUAAAACCACAAUUUUAUGUUAAAGACCAACACAAAAAUAAAACCUUUCAAGAUCAAACGAAAUUGGGACUUUAACUAGGUCAUUUUGUUGGGUUAUGAUCCGACUGGAAGGCGAGUCCAGACCCCAGUCUAAUUCUGACCCAGCUGAGUAAAACGCUCCCCACAGCAUGAUGCUGCCAUUAUGUAACAUCCUGUCCUUGGUGUGUUCAUGUUUUGCAUGUUAGGGCUCUUGCUUGAACUGGAUUUUAUUUAGGGGAAUCAAAGUAAGAAUGCUAAAAACAUGUAUGCCAUGUUCACUUUUCAGAUUGUUAAAAGAACUUUGUAUUUUGAACUUGGUAUCAUUUUACUCCCACUUCAUAAUUAUGCACGGCUGUGUGCUGGUAUGUCACAAAGCAUGUUGCUCUUUCAUCCACUGUCCCUUUUUGGCUAAACUGACAAAGAUAAUGUAAAUUUAUCUUUGUUAAAUUGACAUUAUUUAACAAAUAAUAAUGUCAAUUAUUAUUGAAAGGUUCAAGGGGUGUGAAUACUUUUUCAGAUGCUUAUAUAAAAACUUGAGGUUAAAUGUUUAUUCCUGUUUUUCAGGUCAUUACUGCUUUAAUGUGCUGAGCUUCUUAGUUUGUACCUACAUUCGGACAAAAUGCAAGUAGAGGAAACAAAGAUAAUUCAACUUGAGAGAAAAAAUGAUUAAAUGAAAAAUUCAGAUGUAAUAAAUGUAAAGAGAACUUUAUUCAGAAUUUAUGGACACGUCAUCAAACAUGCUGUAUUUUCUCUUGCUGUUGCCUCAUUUUAUGCUUUAUUUUUAUUUUCCAACUUUCUGGUCAUGAAAAAGGUGUUCAAAAGACUAAAAUUAGCUUUUAUUUUUAGAUAAAAUACAGAAAUUGGGGGAUGAAACCCAGGUGUAGACUGUCAAGUUGUGAUUGCACUUUACUGUUUCCGUUUUAUAUCCAUCAUUUUGUUCAUGUGGAGAUUUAAAUUCAUGUAUUUUAGCACAAAGUUUCAUCCAAUCUUUUCAAAUACCUAGGAUUGAAAGUACAAAGGAGUACAACAUAACUGCAGUUGUAAAGUCCAUCAUUAUACUUCCUGUGCCUUUUGUAAGUUUUGGCACUCUGCAUCUGGAACAUUAAUCUUUUUGUAAUUAUUCAUUAUUUACUCAUGUUUUGAGUGUUGUGUUUUUGUGCCAGUAUUGCAUUAUGCUUUUUCUUUUUUUGCAAUAAAUAUCUUGAUGCUGCUUUUAUUCCUUAAUUGUCUUUAUUGAAAACCCAUGUAAUUUCAGGAGACUUUAUUACAAAUGAAACCAUAACAUAAAAACUUAACUCAAAAAUACUCUCCAAAGAGAACGCUUUAAAAACCUCCAGGCUUUGUCGUGACCCCAAGACAAUCAUCAGUUUUCCUCUGAGUGUUUAUAUUUACAGUAUAAAA